AUGAAAAAGGUACUCGGUAGUGUUUUCGAUCAACCUUCAUCGAAAGCGUCCAAUGCGACAAACAAAUCGGCGACUGAUGUUCAACGUCAAAAUCUUAGCAGUCAUAAGUCAUCAGGUAGUCACAAUCGUCGAGAGAGACAACCAGAUACUAUUGUUAAUAUUGCUACACCAACACUUUCUGAUUUGCCUGCUAUUGAACAUGAACGUGCUAUACUCGUAGAAGCAAGUUCGUCUUCAUUCGGCAGUGAAUGUCUUCGAUUGAUAAAUAUCGUGUUUCAAACCAGUCAAACAUUUCCAUCUAUAAUGGGCACUUGUGGAAAUAUCAGUCAGUAUUUACGAAAGGAAUUAUUCAAAAAGUAUCCGGAUGAAUAUUUUCACGUCAUUCUUGGCCAGAACAAUGCGUUUGGCUUUGCGAUAGAUGAUGGUGAUUAUUUUGCUGAGGUGGAACAAGAGCAGUAUCGUGUACUGAUUUUUACUACUCGACGAGAACAAAAAGUUAAUUUGAAAAUACAUGAUGCCAAUAGUCAGAUGUUAUUGGAAUGGAAAUCGCUCACAGUCAAACCAACGAAAAAAUAA